AUGGAUGACGUCCAGUCUCGUAUCGAGUCACUAGAGGCAGAAGUGACCGCAUUGAGACGCAUUGUUUCAUCCCUCUCACUCCAGAUCUCGGACCAAAAUCGCGCCCAGGAUGCCUCCGAGGCACUCUCUGGAGACCGAAACCUCAACAACAAGAAUACAAGCGCUUCGGCGCCUUCAAAGCUUUCUCUGUUCCACAGCAGAGGAGAUAUCCGAUCCUACUUCGGCACCCGGGAUCCUAGAUUUGAAGAAGACGCAUGGCUCUACAGUGAGGCCCCAGGCUGGAGCUGGAUAAGCGGCUUCCUUCUUUGGGCAAAGGCAGGUGCUAACUGGAGCUUCCCCCACUUCGUAUUUGCUUACCUUCGACACGAGAAUGCUGGAGAGUGCCUAGCCGGAGAAAGCUGCGACCAUUGGAAAGCCGUGAUUGAACCUGCUCAGGGAAGCGUACAACUGCAAGUCCUUUGUAUUAACGUUAGGGCAUUCAGGAACUCCCAUAUUCUUGGGUCGACCGAGUGCCCUAAGCGUGAGAAAAUACACCGCAAGCCGACCUUUUUCUUCAAUGCUAUGCGGCCCAACUUCAAGGCUCUGGAGGUCCUAGAGGGUAUCGACGACGAAAGGUUCACAGUCCUGAUGUUUCGAGUUCUUCAUUGA